AUGGCUGAAUACGAUGUUGGAGGUAAACGAGUAAGAGCCAACAAGUUGGCGGAGGUUCUUGUUAGGAAAACUCACUUCACUGCCGGUGAAGUUAAAAGGUUAAUGGAAUUGUUCGACGAGAUGACAACGUACAAACUUGCUAGACGGGAAUAUUGCAAAUUUAUUUUUGAGCAAUUUGACAUCGACGAUGAAAUAAUCCUUGAGAGAAUAUUCAAAGUUACCGUGAAAAGUAAAGAGAGUAAGGUGGACAUAGCAGAAUUCAUUCACACCAUGUCAGUUAUGCUCAGAGGGACGACAGAGGAACGAAUCAAAUUCUGCUUUGAAGUUUACAAUCUCAGUAAAAACAGUUACAUCAGCAAAUUCGACAUCAUUCAACUGCUUAAGAAUUCAAUCCUGAAGCCGCCAACAAAUGUUGAGUUGGAAGAUUUUUUGAAGGAACUCAUCGAAUUAACAAUCAAAAAAUUGACAUCUAAUGAAAAUCAGCGGAUCUACAUUAAUGAUUAUAGGUCAGCUAUCCUUAAGCAACCUCAGUUAAUGCAGUGUUUGGGCGUUGUAUUUCCUUGUCCCUCGAAAGUUGAAGCCUUUCAGCAAUGCUACUUCUCAAGAGAAAAAAGUUCUGAUAAAUGCAAAUAA